AUGAGUAAGUGCUUCAUCAUGCAAAUACAUCGGACGAACGAACGUUGUACCAGGAAGUUGAAGUAAAAAAGUUAUUUUAACAGUAUGAUGAAGUUCCUCAUUCUGUUAACAGUCCAUGUCAGUCCUGCUCUGAUGAAGAGCAAGACAUACAAAAGUUGAGGAUUACAACAUUUUCUCUUUAUUUGGAUUAUACGUAUCAACAACCAGUGGAAUUUGACCGACAACAUGGGUUGUAAAAAGUCCAAGCUGAAUGAUGGUCUGAACGGUGGUGUGCUUGAUGGCAAGAGUCGUCAGCCAGUACGUACCGACCCGACCGUAUAUGUGAGAGAUCCUACUUCCGGUAAAACCAAUUCUACAAUUAACUCCACUCCUGGAGGUCUUCUACCUGGUCAAGUCUUCAUGAAAAUGGAAGAGCAAAGCGAGGGUGGUAAAAUAGUUAUUGCAGUAUACCCAUAUGAUGCAAUACAUCCUGAUGAUUUGGGAUUCAAGAAGGGAGAAAAGCUUAAGGUUCUUGAAGAUCAUGGUGAAUGGUGGAAAGCUAGGUCUCUGACCACAAAGAAGGAAGGUUUCAUCCCCUCCAAUUAUGUUGCUGAGGCCGACACCAUGGAGACAGAAGAAUGGUUUUUUAAGGAUAUUACCCGGAAGGAUGCAGAGAGACAGCUUUUGGCUCCGGCAAAUAAGCCGGGUUCUUACCUCAUUCGUGAGAGCGAGACAUCAAAGGGAAGUUAUUCUUUGUCUAUUAGAGAUGUAGAUUCCCAGGGAACAGAUGCUGUAAAGCAUUAUAAGAUCCGUACGCUGGAUAACGGAGGCUACUAUAUCUCUCCUAAAAUCACCUUCCCUGAUAUUACCAGCAUGAUAAAGCAUUAUCACAAACAAUCGGACGGGCUUUGUCGGAAGCUGGAGAAGCCAUGUGAUAAACCCAAAGCUCAGAAGCCGUGGGACAAAGAUGCCUGGGAGAUCUCCAAGGAGUCCAUCAAGAUGGUGAAGAAACUGGGUGCCGGACAAUUUGGAGAAGUGUGGAUGGCAUUCUACAACAACUCCACCAAGGUGGCAGUGAAGACACUGAAGCCUGGCACCAUGUCAGUAGAGGCCUUCUUGGAAGAGGCCAACCUGAUGAAGACCCUGCAGCACGACCGGCUGGUUCGCCUCUACGCGGUCGUCACCAAAAUAGAGCCUAUCUACAUCAUCACAGAGUACAUGUCCAACGGUAGCCUGUUAGAUUUCUUAAAAAGUGAGACGGGCAGCAAAGUACAGCUACCUAAGCUCAUCGAUUUCUCUGCGCAGAUUGCAGAGGGCAUGGCGUACAUAGAGAAGAAGAACUACAUCCACCGCGACCUGAGAGCAGCCAAUGUCCUGGUGUCAGAUAGUUUGCUAUGUAAAAUAGCUGACUUUGGGCUUGCUAGAGUGAUAGAAGAUGACCAGUACACUGCCAGAGAGGGAGCCAAGUUUCCUAUCAAGUGGACAGCACCGGAGGCCAUCAACUAUGGCUCCUUUACCAUCAAAUCAGACAUGUGGUCCUUUGGUGUUCUGCUGUAUGAAAUCAUUACCUUUGGAAAGAUACCGUACCCAGGAAUGAGUAACGGUGAGGUGAUGACAUCAGUGCAGAGAGGUUAUAGAAUGCCCUGUCCCGAAAAAUGUCCCAAAGAGCUCUAUGACAUCAUGAACACCUGUUGGAAGAACAAGCCAGAAGACCGACCUACGUUUGACUACAUCCAGAGUGUUUUGGAUGACUUCUACACUGCCACAGAGGGCCAGUACCAACAGCAGCCCUAGGGAAUCAGUGUUUACCUGUGUACUACAAUACAAUCUGCCAAGGUUUCGUUAGGAAAUAGUUUCAAAUAUUUUAAAUAAGCAAAGGGAGGGAUAUUGUCUGUCUAAAAAGUGAGGGAUACUGCUUGUUUAUUUCUUGAAUCAAGCUAAAAAAUUAUAUUUUCAAUUCAACUUCAUAUUGAAGAAUACACCUGCUUGUGCAUUUCAGCAUUUCUAUGGAGAAUAAUGGAAUGAGUCUUACUAUUGAUUUAAUCUAUGAUACACACUUGUACAAUUGACAUUUUACCACAUUAUUAUAUUUAUUAUCACUUUGCUGUGUAGUAACAAAUCGUAACUUUUUAAGCUGUUUACUUUUCUAUUCUUUAAAUUACAUUUUUCUUUGCACACUAUGUCAAGGUACAAACAUUUGUUUUAAUAUUUUGGUUUAUUCUCUGAAUUGUGUGAAUCAUUAGGUGAAAGGUAGGCUUUGGCAAUAUGUACAUAUUAAUGUUUUAGGUCAUGCCAAUAAAGCAAUUUGAAUUUAA